AUGACGGACGUAUACCGUCCCGCAACGGGCAGAUGCCCACCUCUGCGACAGGUGCGAGGAACGAGGCUUGAUACGAUAGAGGAGGACGCGCGCGAGGCGCAGUAUGCCGACUCUACAGGGCCUGUUGCCUCCAGCACCAAGCAGACACCACCAAAGGCACCGCAACCUCCACAGCCACCCCAAUUGAAGCUCAAGACUAGUGGGCUCUCAUCGGUGUCAUCUCGACUGAAUCGUUUCUUUUCGCCAAUAUCUGCAGGCUCGGUCUCCUCUUGUUCGGACACUGAAUGGCAGCGUCAGAUGCAACCGUUCGAAGACCUAUACGAUGCAACCGACGAUGAUUCGGACAUCAGUGACGAGUGCACUUCCUUCGCUAGCACCCGGCCAACAAGCUUGGUGACACCCACGACGCGUACUUCAGUCUUCUCCCCCGUCUCCCGCAGUCGGUACCCGAGCCUCACGAUACCAUCAUCCACAAUGUGGCCAUCGCUGCACGGUGCUGCAAAGAGCUCCCCGAUCCCACCAACUCCGCCGCCAAAGAUUCCUGUAUCUCCCGCCGCCCUCUCUAUGCUUGCCCAUUCGGUGCCGGCCGUGCAUGCGCCGCCGUCCUUGGAUGGCAGUGUCUCCUCGGACCAGGUGUCGAACAUCAGUGCUCCAGCAACUCCAGACCUGCAAUCCCUUCCAGACAAUGAUUGGACUGCGCAGGACGUGCAUGUUCAUGCCUUGGAGACACUGAGGCACAUCUCACUCGAUGGUACCCCAGAUCCCUGGUCGGAAACUUCAGAGUCUAACGAAGAGAUGUGGCAAAUCCGUAUGCCUCCAGAGCGCCCCCGGAGUGCGGACGACGCCACCCCGGCGUCGGAACUCUCAGGGUAUAGUUUCAGCAGGCUGAGCAUACCCUCACCCGGUGGCUUUUUUGCUUCACUGGGUCCACGAGCACGCCACACCUGGUCUAUUCCCUGUGGAAAUAAGCCACCGAAUUCUGCCACUGCCGAGGGCUUCUACAAGCUACCGUUCUCCCGGACCGAGGGAGAGGUCGUGGAGCAUGUAAUAGACUACCCCGAACGGACGACAGAAGAACAGCUGACGGCCGUGUAUGACCCCGUCGGACCACCCACUGCCAUCAGGAUCCCGGAGGAAAAGACACCCAGGUUAUCUGAUCACUUCGAUGAUCAAGCAUGCUCUGAGGAUGACGCUAUGGACGAUGCUAUUGCACCCAUCGGCCCGGACGAUCAAUACGAACGAGACGAGGACUACGAGAGCGAAUUAAAGCAGAAAGCGAUGUCGGGGCUGGACCGGACCAGCGAUUGGCUGGCAGCCCAGGCGUCUUACCUUUCAGCUCUCAAUGAGACCAAUCCCGUGAAUCUGCUGGACGAAGGUCCUUACAACGGUGAAGGUCAGGGCAACACCGAUCGACAACCACCUAAUCAGCUAAGCCGGAAGCAGUCUGUUCGGCUUGCCAAAGCGCUUCCAGAACCGCCUAGCUCCCGCCCCUCGUUAAUGGCGAGUAGAGACUCCAUUUACUGGCGCGGAUUCAAGGCGGUCCAGCAGCAGUCCGGCAGUCGAGAUACCUUUGUGCAUCGAAACACGAGAUUUGAUGCCGUUCAAUCUGUUCGACUGGGCUUGACGGACGCGCAUAUCAAGCGUUUGCGUGGAAACUAUGAAAUUGCUCGUCCGGAACGUCCGGCCUACAAGGGGCCCUUUUCGUUGGCGCCUCGCAACUCAACCAUGGACUCGGCUUUGGCAGAGAAGGCCCAGUUCUCCAUAGUUGAGAAAGAGCAGACUGUGCUAUCUCAAAUUCGUCAACCAAUGUGGGCCAUGGAUGCUCUGAGAUAUAUCAACGGGGGUAGCCUGAUUGUAAGCCCUGCUCUGAAGCAGCUGGGCUCGCGUAAAAGGGCACCCCGUCAACUAAGGAUCCUCGAUCUCGGCGGACACGCCUCGUGCGAAUGGGCUUGGCAACUAGCUCACGAGUACCCUCAUGUGAAAGUCUAUACGGUCUUUACUGAGCAUCAGGCGGUCAACCCAGGCAUCAAAGGGCCUCCCAACCACCGGCACCUUCCUGUAUCCCAACUGUGGAAACUGCCGUUCGCCGACAAUAAGCUUGAUGUAAUCUCGGCCCGCUCUCUUCCUGCUUUGCUAAAGAAGGAAUGUCCGACCGGGGAGACACAGGACCAGUAUGACCUGUGUCUGAAAGAGUGCCGACGCUGUCUCAAGCCAGGUGGUUACUUGGAAUUCUUUGUCAUGGAUGCAGAAAUAACACGCGCUGGCCCGCAGGCAUCUGCCAGAUCAGCUGAAUUUGCGUCCGGUCUCAAGGCUCUGGGUUACGACCCGACACCGACCAAAGGCUUUCUCAGUCGCUUGCAGAGGAACUUUGCGGAUGUCAAACGAGCCUGGAUGUUCCUACCCAUGGGUACUGAGCCGGUCAAGUCUGAACCACCUAGAGAGACCCCCGAUCCGAGGGUAAAGAGCCUCAUCGAAGAAUGUGAAGCGGUCCACGGCCCAGUCGGAAGUACAGCUGAUAUUGCCAGUGUUACGGGGGUGCUCGGUGGCUGGAUCUGGGAGCAAUGGCUUGUGAAGCUUCAAACGGAACUAGGACUGAACCAACAAGACCUGCUGGCAGGCAUUGGAACUGUCUUUGAUGAAGGACGCAAGAACGGUGCAGGCUGGACCUGCUUGUCGGGGUGGGCAAUGAAACCGAGACCGAAGAAGAAGAAGCGUCAUGGACGGAAAUCUAGCAAGGGCUGA